AGCAAUAACUAUUAAUAAAGCUUUAUUAAAACUUAGGAUAGAAUCCAUUAAACUACUGAAUAAUAAUAUUAUCUGGAAAGUCAAAAUGUUGUCUCAACUCCAACGUAAAAUGAAAACCUGAAAGAUAUUGAAAAAACUUUAGAUUCCCUCAAUUAGAAUCGCAUGUUUGAAACAUUACACUUCUAACCAGAACCAGAACCCAUAAUUAUUUUGGGAAAAUCAGGCUGGAUCUCUCAAUUAGAUCUCAAGAAAUUUUCUACGCGGAUUCUCUCUCUCACUCACUCACUCACUCACUCACUCACUUCUUCCCUAUAAAUGGCGGACAGUACCUUAACUGUUACCUAGAGGAACUCUACCCUGGCGUUAUCGCGGGCGUUCUCGUUCGCGUCGCAUCACGGCGCAAGUCGCAACGCUCAGUACGAAAACAGCCGCGCUCUCGUUAUCACACGCGACUCAUGGUCGCGCGAAGUCUUCCCCGAUGUCGCGUUGUGUCUCCGAUUGACGGCGCGCGCGCCGAUAAGAAGCCAAAGUUACGGAGCUUUAAUUCGGCGGACAAUCACUCCCCGACAAGUGUCCGAUUACGUUUAUCGCGAGGCGCGGUAACCGGAUAAUCAGCCGCGACACGUGACCGCAAUGAGCCACAGUGCUAUCCGGUUUCGUAGGUCCCUACGUCGGGACGUUUCGUACGUAAGAUCCUGCGCUUAAUUGCGUCUCCUCCCGAGGAGGAGCGGAGAAAAAGCGGCCGUCUUUACCGCGUGUAUCGUACGCCGCUGGGACCUGGCGUGUGCGAGCGCGCGUGGAUAACCUCUCUGGUAAUUUACGGGCGAUUGGGUUGCUUUACGAUAUCGCUGCUUAGCGGCAUGAUUAACGCCCGAUCGCUCGAACAGCGGAUAUACGCGAUGUCCGAGCCGGUAGUCGGCGAUUAAUCCUCCUUCCCUCCUCCCUUCCUGCCGCGCUAUCUUGAGAAAAUUAAAACUAAAGUACAAAGUUGUUUCCCUCUCUUUCCCUCCCGCGAUCGCACGAACGAGUUGGACUUAUCAACGGUUAAUUAGAUGACAGUCGGCCAUUUUGCGUAGACAUCGGCCGUAGACAUUCACAGUCGGCGUUAAGUGGCCAGGCGGAGCGCGCGCACUCGAGUGGAUACGACGUCGGAGGAUCAUCGCGUGUCAUCGUGAGUGUCGUUCUCGCGUCCUCUCAUACGUGCGCAGAGUGCGAGUGAAUCGAUAGAAUCGAGAUAAAAACAGGAGCAAAAGGAAGAGAAACAAGAGGAACAAAACUGUCGUGGGCGGACCAAGAGGGAAAAAGAGAGAGAGAGAGAGAGAGAGAGAGAGAGAGAGAGAGAGAGAGAGAGAGAGAGAGAGAGAGACACAGAUUGAGAGGGAGAGGGGAGGGAGAGUGUAUCAACGCGUGUGUGAAAUGGAUGGUACGCCAAGGAAAAGCGAAGCAGUGCUAAUAUAUGGAUGCCCAUGGGUGGAACUUGGCCGAAAUGUGCCAGCGCUACCAUCACGCUGUACCGGCGGCGCAGAGUUCGCCAGCUAGGGAUCCCUCGGCUGCCAUCGUGCAAGGCCUGUCAACCGCCGCGCACAUCGAUCAAGCCAGCCCGUCUUAUUCCCACUACACGAUGCUGGAUAAUUACGACAGGGGUGAGAUGACACCACCACCACCAGUAAGCGGUUAUGGCGGCUCCCCCGGCCUCUUGGCACUUCAUUCCUCGCUUUACGCGACUCCCACAUCGCGGGCCUACGACAUCGACUCCAAUAUCGACGGCAACGACAGCUCGAUGCCCAUCGAUACUCAAAUCAUCUCGAUACCGGGCAUGCUGAGCGGUCCGGCGGCGCAGCAGCGGCUGGAGGACAUGCCCUGGCUGGCUUCCGGGCCGUCCCUGGAAUACCAGCAGGGCAUCUCGCCGAUUCCCGCGGGAGUGAAGAUGUGCCAUCCCGGCGGCAGCCAGGCUCAGAGGAGUCUCAAAGAGCAGCGGAUACGUCGCCCGAUGAACGCCUUCAUGGUCUGGGCAAAGGUCGAGCGCAAGAAAUUGGCCGACGAGAAUCCCGAUCUUCACAAUGCCGAUCUCAGCAAGAUGCUCGGAAAGAAGUGGCGAGGGCUGACGCCGCAAGACAGAAGGCCGUACGUCGAGGAGGCCGAGAGGCUGAGGGUCAUACACAUGCAGGAGCAUCCGAACUACAAGUACAGACCGCGACGUAGGAAGCACGCGAAACGGACACCCGGUGCACCGUCCUCACCUCCCUCCGCGACCAACACCGCGGGCAACAGGUCCAACCCCGCGGGCCCGACGAUUCAUCAUUCCAUGUCCAAGAUGGACAGUUACCAGGGCAUACCUCAGAUACCGUGGGGUGGCCAUUCCCCGAUCUCAUCCCUAUAUCAUCAACAACAGCAGCAGGGUAUCCAGGAGUACAAAUCGGAAAACAAUUCGCUCUACGGUAGCCCUUACACCCCCAUCAUCCACACUCCGGACAUAUCUCCAGUGGCCAGUCCCGAGCCUGACGGCGAUGGCGGUCAUCUACCGUCCACCCAGAAUCCGGACCCGGAACGAGAUCUGAUGGAAGGCACCUCGAAACAGCACGGGGAUAUGACGGACCAAACGAAGCGAUACACAUUCAUGAGCAACGACAGCCAAUUGCACACGGGUCAUGCUGGUAACACUAGCAUAUCAUCGUGUCAGAAUUCCGGCGGUUACACGGACACGUUAACGUAUAAAAAAUCCGUGGGAUACUUGAACUUCGAGAGACAGUCGACGAGUAUAGCCGCGGUGGGUAUAGCGAAUGGUAUGAUGGUGUCGUGCAAUAAGCUGCGCUCCGGUUUCGACAACGUCGGUUCCGUCACGGGCACGUUUUAUCCGCCGGUCGCUUCGCCGCACGAUCAAUCGUUGCAGCAUUACAGCGGCACACAAUCCUCCAAGAGCGCAAGCUAUUCGAUGCAGUCCACCGUCGAGGGCAAUUACACGCCAGUCCAGUGUGGCAAUCGGCAGCAAUCCAUAGGAAUCCGCGGGCCCACCGAAAGUUGUUCCGGUGUGACGCACAGAUACCAAAUGUCCCAUCACCAGGAAUACCAGACGGAUACGUCCAGCAGCGCUCAACAGCAGCAGCAGCAGCAACAACAACAGCAACAGCAGCAACACGCAAUCCUCGGCCACAUCGAUCCCGGCAUGACUGGACCGGAGGACGAUCAGCAGCAGGCUCUGCAGCUGGAAAAGUAUUUCAAGUAUUCUCAUCCGACGAGCGUGGCGCACUCGAGUCUGUCUUCGCAGAGUAUGCUGGACAGCAAUCACAACUACGCCAGCGAUCUGCGUUACUACGGAGCCCCACAGCAGCAGCAGCAGCAGUCGCAGUUAGACAUAUCGAACUCCCAGUGCAUCGUCGACGACCAAGGCAAGGACACUCGCUGCGCCAACGUCGGCCUCGGCCACACUAUGGAGCAGUAUCAUCAGAGCUUGGACGUGUCCAAGUACUCGGAACAUCCAGCCUCGCAGCAGCAUCAGCCGCAGCAGCAAACGCAGAGCAUGGAACACGUGUCCAAGGCCGACGACGAUUUCAGUGUUAUACUCGCGGACGUGCGCAAGACGUGCUACAGCAGCUAGUGUCCUUUCCCUCUAGUGCACGGACAGAGUCGAUUCGACUCGGGUGAUUGAUACCGGACGUGUUCGAGUAUUUUGGGGACUCUCCAUCGUCUCUCGAGCGUGAUCCGAAGGAAGGGAACAUGUAUGUGUAACAGCGCGGCUCCUUGCGUCUCACCGUGGUUGGUGCUAUCCCGAAAUACGUCGAAGUGUCUUUGUUGUUUCUCGAAAGGAAGGAAGAAGGUACGUCUGCUCCUCUCGUUAACGCUAGGAGACGGAAUUCCCACUUGGGUUUUCUUUCCACGGAACAAACGGUAAUUAUUGUUUGUUCACGCGCGCGACUCGAUCCAUUCCAUUACGGCGAGAGCGUCGUUCAGUUGCGGUUUUAUCCGCCGGAACACACCGUUAUGCGAUGUAACUCUAUCUCCGAGUAUCUCAUGUGUAUAAUAUAAGCACGAUCUCUUAUAAAUUUCAGUUACAACUGGAAUUGUGUUAAAUGCGAGUCGCGGUCGGCGCGCGACUCUCGCCCGUCCGUCGACCGGGCUGCAGCGGGAAGAAUUGCAAUGAACGAAAAGAUUACUUUAUUACGUUAUCGCAAGAUAUUAUCGCAGUACGUUUAUUACGAUUAAGCCGCCUGAUGUAAAUAUUGGCCGAGAAUGCCAUUGAAUUUCGUUGCGUAGGGGAAAUUCUGUUUUAUUGAAGUCUCUUAACGACAAAAUAUUUUGCCAAAUAAAUGUCAUAAGUACAGUUUUCUCUUUAUCUUUUUUUAUAUAUAUAUAAAUAGAAACAGUUACGAUCUUCAUAAUGGCAGACGGCUCAUGGUGCACGGCUGAUAUAGUAUAGUAUAAAAUUGUAGAGAAUUGUAUACUCACGUAGACACUUUUAUAGUUCCAUUAUCAAAGAUAAUAUAGUAGCACGGAUAUCAUAGCAAGAGAGAUAUUAAAUUUAUAUUAUUAAAUCUUUUUUCUAUUAUUUUAGGAGACUUCUCGUAUAUCAAAGAAUGUUUUGCACCAACAAAUUCUCGGAUGUUUGCACCGAUCUAAUCGAUUUGUAGAUUUUUUAUGUUAGAUCCUGUGGACGGAAAAUUUAUUCUUUAUUAUAUAUAUAUAUAUAUAUAUAUAUAUAUAUAUAUAUAUAUAUAUAUAAAACUUACUUUUUAUUACAAUUAUCAUUUUUAAUUGAACUGGUGGAUUUGCUUUUAUUGUAAAUAAAUUUUAUUUUUAUUUAGAGCAAGGCAAUACGUUCUUGCGCGCAAAAAUUGCGUUUUCAGUUCAGCAGAAUUGCGAAAGGUGCAAAAUAUCUCUUUGACGCAUAUAGAGACGUGUAAAGAAUUUUGGGUUACAUAUACAAGCUAAAUUAUUAUUACUAUUAUUAUAUUAAAUAUUAAUAAUUAACAUUAUUAUUAAUAAUAUUAUUAUAUAAUUAUUAUUAUUAAUGUAUCGUACUUAAUAGAACCGAUCAUAAACAAACAUUCGUUUGCUAAUAUUUCUCGAACAAGGAUAUCCCACCACAAAUGAAAUAAUUUGCAAUUAAAGAAUUCCUUGCGUUGUUACAUAUAAUUUUACUUUAUCAUAUAUGUAGCACAUAUAGUAGAUACACGUAAUAUAUGUAUGAUACACAUACAUAUAUGAUAGAUCAUUAUAUGCUAACAUCCAUAUUCUCGUACACUUUCAGUUAGAAUGAAAAUUCCCACUGAAAAUUGGGACAUCUAAUAAAGUUAUUUUAGAAAAA